UUCAUGCGGAAGGAAUGAAGGAUGUAGUAUUGAUAAUUUGAAGUGAAAUUUCGUUUUCUAGAUUUCAAUUACACUAUCCCGAUUAUUGUGAUCAAUCCGUGCUGUGCUGUGCGAUUUCUCGUGAAGAUUGAAGUGCGAGCUUGUUCUGUGCAACAAGUGUCCGCGGAGUGCCGUCGAGAAUAAGUUUUUCGUUGAAAAGUCUCUCGAAAGUCGUCUCGUCGCGUAUAUUUUCCUGCGAUGAUAGCGGAGUUAAAAUUUAGUAGUGCUGGUGCGCGACGUCGUUAGUGAUAAUGGAAUUGUGACGUUCAUUUUUUAUGGAUACUGGAAUAGUUUCGAAAGGAAAUACCUAUGGUGAUCUCUGUUGGAUUUGAUGAAAAAAAACAUGUGGAGCCAAGAAUGAGCCUCGAUGUUGAUAGUUUGCAGCCAACCUGGAGACUUUGGGGCGAAGAGAGAGUUGAGGGUGCCAUUUAUACUGUCUAUUUGAAGAAAGUCCGUUACCAUUCACCUUCAAAAAGUAUAUCUUCGGACUCGGAUGAUGAAAUCUCCCACUUGGAGUGGGAAACCGUGCGGGUGCGUUUGAUAAAAGCUGGGACUUUGGAAAAGCUCGUCGAAAGCUUAGCUACCGACGAUGGUGAACUAGAGUCAACCUAUGUCAACGUUUUUUUGGCCUGCUAUAGGACGUUUUCUUCCCCGAAGCAGGUGCUCACGUUAGUCUUGGACAGGUAUGAACAGUUGGCAAACAAUGAACUGGAUCUGCCUGAAGUUGUCACUGAGCAACAUAGAAAGACUUUAGUGUUAGCUCUCCACGUUUGGUUAGACACUUAUCCAGAGGAUUUUCGAGAUCCUCCGCUUCACCCAACUUUACAUCAACUCUUAUUUUUUACACAACAUCACCUGCCCGGCUCAGAAUUAGAAGCAAAGGUCAAACAUAAACUUGAAAAGUUCACAAGAGAAGAUCAACUGCUAGAAUCCUGUUCUUUAUUUCCCAAUGAUACAAGCCUGUACCUGAAUGGCUCGCACACACCGAGUGAAAAUUCUUGUCUCAAUGGAUCUCAUUUGCCUCCUUUUAGUUUUCCUGAUGUUCCAGAAAGGCACUUUGCCGAACAGCUGACACGGAAAGAUCAGGAGGUCUUUAAAAAGCUGGUCGCUCAUCAGUGUUUAGGUGGUAUUUGGUCACGACGAGACAAGUGUCGAGAAGCCAGCACUGUUUUAGCCACUGUCGCUCAGUUCAAUGCUGUCAGUCUUAGAGUCAUAUCUACCAUUCUUUUUCACCCUCAGUCUAAAACUAGUGAAAGAGCUGCGAUUAUUGCAACAUGGAUCAACAUCGCCCAAGAAUUGAGAAUCCUAAAAAAUUUCUCAUCGUUGAAAGCAAUUAUAUCUGGACUUCAAUCAAAUCCAGUCUAUAGGUUACACAAAACAUGGCAAGCUCUACCAAAAGAUAAGUUUGAGUUAUUCGAAGAGUUAGCCAGGAUAUUUAGUGAAGAAAAUAAUCAAUGGGCUCAACGAGAACUUUUAAUGAGAGAAGGAACUGCAAAAUUUGCGAACACAGCUGGCUCCCGAGACAAGCACAUUCAAAAGACUCUUCAACGGCAGUUGGACCAGAGUUCUAGAAUUAGUUUAGGAACAAUACCAUAUUUAGGAACUUUUUUAACUGAUUUAACUAUGAUUGAUACUGCUAUUCCUGAUACAAUAGGCGAAGAUAACCUAAUCAAUUUUGAUAAAAGACGGAAAGAAUUUGAGGUGCUAGCUCAGAUAAAACUACUCCAGGGAGCGGCUAAUGCGUAUAACAUUCCAGAAGAUGCCUCGUUUGAUCGAUGGUUUGAUUCCAUUCUUGUUUUGGAUGACCGAGAAGCAUAUGAGCUUUCUUGCCAAAUUGAAACUAGCAUACCGAAUACAAAUCCCAUAAGUGCUCUUCCUUAUGCUCGUUUUAGAAGAAGAAACAUAUCGGGCCAUAGAAAGAAUGACUCAAUAGCCAGCACCUCCAGUAGUUCGAGUAGUUUAUUUUACUGUGAUAUUGAUACAGGAUGCAGUCUUCCUUCAUCUCCUCAUGACUCCUUGGAUAGAAAAAGUUCCCUUCCAAAUAUUCAAGCAUCACCUUCUCAAAUGUCUAGAUCUUCGAGUAGUUCAUCAAUCCCAUCUUUAGAUGUCUCUGUGAGCAGUAGCAAUACGAAUCACUCAACUAAUCAAACUUGCAGUCCAGCCAAUAGUUCUGCUCGCUGGCAGUCAACAGAUUUUUAUGUCAUCCGUGUUACUCAGGAAUCUGACAAUCCAGAAACUGAAGGUGUGGUUCUGUAUAAGAGUAUAAUGGUGAGCAACAAUGAGCGAACCCCACAAGUUAUUCGAAAUGCGAUGCUGAAGUUAGGUAUUGAAGGAAACCCAGACAACUAUACUCUUGCUCAAGUUUUACCGGAUAAAGAAAUGGUGCUACCACUCAAUGCGAAUGUUUAUUAUGCAGUAAAUACAGCUUACAAUCUCAAUUUCAUUCUUCGGUCCAAGGAUAAAGUAAAGGAAAAUGGAAAUGGAGCUCUACCACAGAAGUCAAAAUCAAAAAAACAUUUACUUUUACAAACAUGACAAUCAGCACUCGGCUACACCCCUUAACAGGUUUAGCCAUUCACUGAAGAUUUUAUGCCUUGCAUCUUCAUUAUUUAAUUCUCUUGACAUUAUUUCUUAUUGCAUUUUGUAUUCUCAACCCAUUCCUCUCUCUGAUAGAAUAUAAAUCAUUACUGUUUAUGAAACUGACUGAACCAUUUUAAAUUUAAUUGUUGAACUAGUUGUAAACUUCUGACAGCUUAAAUGCAGGAACACACUUUUUUGGUAUUUUUAUUGCCUCAGCAAAGUAAACAUUUUUAAACCAUUGCCUGCCAUGGUGUUUUGAGUACCUACUUCCCUCAGUGCCACUGUGUUUUUUUUUUUUUUCUCCAGAAAAAAAAUUUAAGAACAUAUCAGUAGUUGUGAGCCACUAGUAUGUAUGCAGCUCCUACAAUCCUUUAGUAUCACAGAAGCAUUCAAAACGAGCAACCGUAUUUCAGCAAAAGUGACUGGCUUGAUGUUUGUAGAACCCUUCAAUGCCAGUUGAUACUACCAGCGUGGCAGGCAAUGUAUUGAACAAUCGGAUUUCAUUUCAAAUACGUUUUUUAAACUCACCAAUUUUAGUUUCAAAGAAGUGAUUUACAAGAGAAAGGAUCCAUUUUAAUAUUUAAUACUGGUUAACUUCAAAUAGAUGCUAAUUGCAAAUGGCAGGCAAAAUGAUGAGCCCCUAUCCCCCCGAUGAUAUCAUUUAAACUGAAAGUUCUGUAGCACAAUUUAUAUAACAAUUAAUGGAAUCAGGGCUUUUCAUUUUGGAUCUCAUUUGCUAUGGUCGAGAUGAGCUAAAUUUGAAAAAGUAAAAUAAAUAGUUCUGUUGAAUUCCGUUCUUGCAUUCAAGCUGUCAAUCUGUCAAUAGCCAAAAAAUCAUUCUGAAAUCAAGCCUGUGGCUUUGUUAAUUAUUUCUGUCGCUAGUGUACUCCAUGAUAUUGUUGUUGUACUUUUAACUCUUUUACUCUUGCUUUUAUUAUAAUUGAACUGUCUAACAGUGCAAAUUCUAUCGUGCCAAGUUAUUAUUUAUCUAAGAUUUUUUUUUUUCAAGUGAUGUGCUCCUCGGAACUUAUGCAUUUUAAUUAUAAAAUUUUUCCUCCCAUUCGUGAAUUUGCUGUAAUGUAUGCAUUUCCAAAGUUUUUAGCUGAUUUUUGCCUGAAUGCUAACACAUUUUUUCAUGACAGGAUGUAAUUUUCUGAGUGAUGUGAAGAUAGUUGAAAAGCUUUAGAUAGGCCAGAAAGAUACAGAUCAAUCAGCAUAUCGAUGGCUAAAUGCAAAAAAUUCCCAAAUCUAUUGAAAAGUUUAGAAAUCUCUGAUUUAUAUUAUCUCCAAAGGGAACAAAGCUAAAUGUUUCCUUGUACUUUUGUGUGAGUUUUAUACAAUGAGUUUAAGAAUUCUCUAAAAAUAUUAACGGACAUCAUUAGUUUUUUAAAAAAAAUAAAACAAUAGUGAAGAUUUAAGACGUCACAACCUAAGAAAUGCAUUUUUUACAACAGCCGUAAAUACUUAUGAUUGUUCUCCUCUUUAUUUUAGCCUACCCCCCCCCCCCCCCAAAUGAAUUUUUAAAUUUUACAUCGAAAUUCACACCUUACAUAAAAAAAUAAAGCUAAUGAUGAUAUAGUUUUGGCCGUGAAAAAUCUUCUACAGGGGAUGUUUGAGUUAAGUAGGUGAUAGUUAGCAGAACCCUCCUGC